CCCGUCAGGCACUGCGGUAGGCGCCCUGGGAGCUGUCAGGGCCCUGGCCCCAAGAUGGCGGCGCCCAGCGCAGUGGCCGCUGCUGCCUCUGGCGAGACCGAUGGAGGGGGCAGCGGCUUUGAAUCGUGGCUGGACGGACGGUUGGAGGCUCUGGGAGUGGACCGAGCCGUUUAUGGCGCCUACAUCCUGGGUGUCCUGCAGGAGGAGGAGGAAGAAGAGAAGCUGGACGCUCUGCAGGGUAUCCUUUCUGCUUUCCUGGAAGAAGAUUCCCUCCUUAACAUCUGCAAGGAGAUUGUGGAACGAUGGUCGGAAACUCAGAAUGUUGUCACCAAAGUGAAAAAAGAAGAUGAGGUCCAGGCCAUUGCCACCCUCAUUGAGAAGCAGGCACAGAUUGUGGUGAAGCCCAGGAUGGUGUCAGAAGAGGAGAAGCAGAGGAAAGCUGCGCUCCUGGCCCAGUAUGCUGAUGUGACAGACGAAGAGGACGAAGCAGAUGAGAAGGAUGAUUCAGGUGCCACCACAAUGAGCCUUGGUUCUGACAAAUCUCUGUUUCGAAAUACCAAUGUGGAAGAUGUCCUCAAUGCCCGAAAACUGGAGCGAGACUCGCUUCGGGAUGAGUCCCAAAGGAAGAAGGAACAGGACAAGCUGCAGAGGGAGAGGGACAAACUAGCCAAGCAGGAGCGCAAGGAAAAGGAAAAGAAAAGGACACAAAGAGGAGAGCGAAAGCGAUAACCUUGGUUCCCUCUAUCCUUUCUCCUCAUGAACUUGGUCAAAGGGAGAACUGGUUGUGUACUUGUGUAUUUAAGAGAAAUGAGAAAACAUUGCAGUGGUUUCCGAAGGCAUUUCCCCUUUUGUUUACAUGGUCAAAAGGAAAAUCACAAACACUUCUAAUUACAAAAUGUGCCAUGUCUCUGCGGUGUUGGGUAAUCAGAUUAUUGUAGUUAAUGUCUGUACCAAAGACCUGGAAUGGGGGCAACCUUUGUAUUUUAACACUUAAGUCCUGUAUUCCUUUUGGCCACUUUAAAAAGUCUUCCCUCACUUUGGAUAAACAGCAGGAAUAGUACGAAAGCUGACAGUUUUUGUCCUGAAGGAGCAGAAUCGUGACAACUCCUUUCCUGAGAUGAAAUGAGUGUCAGUUGCUUCAGAAGUAGUAUUCACCUCUAAAUGUAUUGUUUUAUGGCUCCAAUAGCAAGCUAAUGAAGAGCCCUACCUGGAUCCAGACUGUAUGUUACAUAGCAACAAACUAGGAAAAUGAGAAGUUAUUUGGUGGAUGUUAUACAUUUGAGAUUUUUUAAAAGUUUCAGCCUAUGAUGGUAGGAAACAAAGUGUCUUUUAAUGAGAUGGUUAUAUAUUUUUUGUCAUCUAGGCUGUGAUUUUAAGAAGGAUGAGUCAGUAUUGAGUGCAAGGGUAUCACUGUUAGCUAGAUUCAUUUUCUAUAAUCAUGAGUUCUCUUGAGUAGAGAUUUUAAUCCUGAUCUGCCCUAAAACAUAUAAGGACCUGAUAAUUACAGGUUUAGAGAAACCCUUUUAAGGAAGAAAUGCUGGAAAUCUCUGCUAACACAAAGAUAUUUAAGAGUGUGCAUAGUAGGUGCUCAUCAAAUUUAUUGAAUGAGUGAGUGAAACGGAAAAACUGCUUGGGAGAGUCAAAAUUGAGCAGGAACUCUCCUCCAUGUCUACUUUUGUCAUAGGCCACAUUUGGUUGUAAAUAGGCCUUUCUCUGCUUCAGGCAGCAGACUGUCAAGAAGCCUGAAGACAGCCAUUUCUCUGUCAAGACAGAAAGCAGAUAUUUUAUACCAGGGGUGGGCAAACAACUGCCAGCAACCAAAUUUGGCCCAGUCUGUUUUUGUAUGGUGCAGGCUAACAAUGGAUUUUACAUUUUUAAAGCGUUGUAAAAGAAAGAAUAUGUGACAGAGACCUUAUAUGACCUUUAAAGCCUAAAAUAUUUAUUUACUACCUGGCCCUUCGGAGAAAAUGUUUGCUGACCUCUGUUUUAUACCAUUAACUAUGAGAUUAGCAAAAUUUUUUACCUUUCUGCAGAAGGUAAAAAGCAUGGUUAAGGAAACAAUGUGUCACCUCUAUAAACUCCUAUAACCGUGGCAUUGCAAAAUUUUUGAAAGAUAAUCACCUUUUUAAAAAAUAAACUAUUUAAAUCA